AUGAAAAUCCAAGACGACCCUCAUCCAAAGCCCAGCUGUAAAAAAGUAUAUGAUCAUGAUAAAAUUGAACUAUUAAUAAAGAAUUACGAUGCAAGUUUAAACGAAUGGAAACGAUAUCAAUAUUGGAACCCUAAAGAAGAGUAUACCCGAAAUUUAAUUGCAACCGAUAACAAACAUUUCACAUUAAUGUUACUCUGUUGGAAUCCAAAAAUGGGUUCACCUAUUCACAACCAUUCAGGAUGUGAUUGUUUCAUGAGAAUAAUUAAAGGUGAAAUAAUCGAGACGCGUUAUGUGUAUCCGAAAGACGAUAAGUUUCACAAGAAAAUAGUUGAAGCUGGUUCAGUGGAUGAUGGAAAAUGGUCGGGAUUAGACGUGAUUCAAGAGUCUAAAUUAGUGGAGGGCGAUGUUCGAUGGAUCAACGACAUGAUGGGUGUACACAAAAUGGAAAAUGAGCAUGAAGUAGAAGGAUCUGUGACAAUGCACUGUUACAUACCACCCUACGCCGUUUGUCACACGUUUGAGAAGAAAAAAGAUGGAAAAAUGGAAAUAGAAGAGAGUGAAAUGUCAUAUGCAACUGAGCAUGGCAACAUUAAAUAA